AACUAAACUGUUACUUUUCCUAGUUCAAACCCAACUCUUUGUUUUUCCUCUUUUCACUGUUUCUGAAGUAUUGCUUGAUUUCAACAUGAAGUUGUUGUUACCAUCUCCCUCCAUUUCUUCUUCUGCUUCUUUUGAUCCCACGUUGUGCACUUCAAAAAGUGCCACUGCUGGGUGCAUUGCUGGGAUAGUUCGUCGAAUUCUCUGUUCUCGUAGUCUUCCUACACAUCCCUCUGAUUACAUCACGGGAGGAAGCUCAAGCUCCAUCGAUAAGAAUCAACAAUUGGAGGUUGAGGAUAAUACUGAAAAUGCUAAAGCUGCUGCUCCAGGGAUUGUGGCUAGGCUAAUGGGUUUGGAUUCCAUGGCGGAAAUCAACCAAGUGAAACCAAAUUCAGUUUCAAGAAGCAGGUCAAUGAAUUCUGUGGAUUACAUGCAUAGUUCUGAUCAAGUCCAGGGCAAGCAAAAACGAGUAAACUCUACAUUGUCCUUCCGCGAGAUGCCAACGUACUUCCAGCUAGAAGAUGAAGAGUUCUUUGUACUCAGCUUUGAGAAAGAAGGAGAAGGAAGAGAGUUUAGGGCAAAACAGAGGAAGCAGAGAAAAGAGGAGAAAAACAGAACAGAUAAGGAGUCCGAAGGGAGGAGCAAGAAGCCUUUGUGUGUCUUGAUUAAAGAAGAGAUGAAUAGGAGAAUAACAGAAAAGCCUAAUCAGGAUUUUUCCAAAACCCAAAAAAUUGAAGAUUCAGUUUGCACAUAUGCUCCCUUCAAGGAAUCCAGCAUAAAAGCUCUGGAGAGAAAGAGGAAGAAGAAGAAGAAAGCAAAUUGCAGGGCAGCUGAAAACUUAGAACACGAAUGCAACUCAGAAGAUUCAAGUCCUGUUUCUGUUCUUGAUUUUGAUCAAGAAGUUCCCACUCCCACCUCAUCAUCUACAGAUGAAGAUUUCAAGUUAGAGGAGUCCAGAAGGAAACUAUUACCAGAGCUUGAAAACUGCGGAUCCCCAGGUCCACGAGAAGAUGGUAAUCUGAUGGAUAAUGAUGGGAAGAUGGAAACAAUGGAAAGGAAAAGUCAUGGAUUGAUGAGGAAGAAAGAUUCGCACAGCAACAAUUACUUGCACUGUUGGGAUGCAAUUUGCACUCUGACUGAAUCAGAGAUGGGUAACAGGUCAAGCUGGUUAGGUUCCAACACUUACAAGUGUGAAGAACUUGAGGAUAUUGCUGCAGAUUUGGGGUUGCAAAUUCUAGAUCAACUGUUAGAUGAAUUAUUAGUUCAACUUUCUUGACUUCCCAUGAAGAAUUUGAAAUUGUAAGGCUACAGAUCCCGUGUAAAAUUUUGAGCUCAUAUAAUAAUAAUAAACUAUAGUUAAACCC